UCAGACAAUUUUUCUUGAUGUUAAAAGAAACAUUACAAAAUUCACAAUUCACAGACAGAAGUUAAUGAAAUUUGCAUUGCAACAGACUCCAAACAGUGUGAGGAAAUUUUAUAGAAUGAUUAUUAGAUAUCCCAACAGCUUGAGUAUGAUCACUGAUCUACAACUCAGAGAUAAUCAGUGCAAAAAAUAUGAAAAAUUAACGCAUGAGAAAGUUUCUAUUUUCCAAGUUUCCUGAUGUAGUAAACUGUAAUAGGCAUGUCAUAAUAGUAAUAUAGAAAAUAAUAUGUAAUAUCUAGUGACAAUAAGCAAUUUUUUUUAAUUCUCAUACUGUAUUGUUAAUGUGUUCUGUUUAAUCAUUAUCUUGAUUUUUUCAAUACGUAAUUAAUCAUGUGCUAUGUUUUUCUUUCCAAACAAAUAAACAUUUUAUCAUAAUUAAUAACCGAUUUUCUGUAUAAUAGAGAAUUGCUAAGCAACAUUAUACCUUUUUUCUCUGUGUUAGGUGUUCCAGGAGAAGUGCGAGCUAGAGGUGAAGAAGCUCUACAGGUUUUUAACAAAGAGUUAGAAAAAGGAAAAAUAACAGUUAACCAUGCGCGAUUAAUGUUCACAGGCAAAGAGGGAGUUGGGAAAUCCUGUUUAGUAAACUCUCUCCUUGGAAAACCAUUUAAUGAGGACGAACCAUCGACCAGUGGGAUAGAAGUAUUGACAACAAUUGCUUUUGGUUGUAAUGAAUGGAAGGAAGCGACGGAGGACAUUGAUGAUUGUGAACGGACAAAGCAGAUAUUAGAAAGUACAGUAGAAUGUAAAGUUGCAGAGAAGUUAAAGCAGACGAAUAGACAAACAGAGGCUCUUGAACAGGCAGCGUCAACAUCUACUGUAAGUUACUACACCUCCAGGAUGUGAGGCCUUCUGAAGGCUUCACAGACCCCGAAUGCCCCUUAUUGAGGUCCCAGCAGCUGCGUAGACCCAAGGCC